AUGGCCGCUCAAAUCUUUGCACACAAGACGACCGUCUUGACGAAUCCUCCAAAUUAUGCUUUUACCUCGCAUCGACUCUGUCGCACUCUGCACACCUCUACCAAGCAACCUAUCGUCUUGGUGGCAUGCGGCUCCUUUAAUCCUAUCACAUAUCAUCACCUCCGGAUGUUUGAGAUCGCGAAGGAUUUCAUUCAGCAGAAUACCAAUUUUGAGAUCCUCGGUGGAUAUCUCAGUCCAGUCAGUGACGAGUACAAGAAAGCGGGUCUAGUUAGUGCACAUCAUCGGGUUAACAUGUGCACGCUCGCCGCAGAGCAAGAGUCGUCGUGGCUGAUGGUCGACUCCUGGGAGGCGCUGCAGAACUAUCAACGUACAGCUAUUGUGCUCGAUCACUUCGAUUACGAAAUUAACACGGUUCUUGGUGGCGUGUCCACUCGAGAUGGUGAACGUGAUGUUCAGAUCAUGCUCCUUGCUGGUUCAGACCUAAUUCGCUCCAUGUCUGAGCCGGGCGUUUGGUCUCAUGAUGACCUCGAUCAUAUACUCGGACACCAUGGAACGUUUGUCAUUGAGCGCACUGGGGCCGCUCUGGAUCAAGUAGUUGACAGCCUGGCGCGUUGGCGGAACAACAUCUACCCUAUCGCUCAGCAGGUCCAGAACGAUGUUUCCUCGACGAAGGUACGGCUGUUCUUUCGCAGGGGUCUUUCGGUACAGUAUCUCCUCCCAGCAGCUGUCAUCGAUUAUAUAGAGCAGAACAAUCUAUAUCCAGACGACGGACCAUGCAUGGAGAAAGAUAGAGGCAAGGAAAGUGAGAGCGGAGAAGCUGACCCUACCAGUUCGGAAAGCGGCCGCAAUGUCCAGUCAACAUUGGGAACGGAGACGACAAGGUUAUCAAAUUAG